AUGCACAAACAGAUGAGGGCAGGAUAUGAUAAGCAAAGCAAAAUAUGCACUGCAGAAGUCCUUUGCAUUACAAUUUUUCAUUGGAGGGCAGGUUGUGAUGCAAGAUGGCAGCAGUCAGAAGAAAAGGUUCAUCAGCUCAUCCCACAUCAGCAGACAGCAGGCAUGACUCAUGAUCCUCCUGUGCGGCCAAUGGCUAUAACCCAGUCUACUGGCCUUCCCUGUUUGAGAUUUCUAGCGGCGAGGAUCGCGGUCUCCAAUCUGCACAAGAACACCAUGACAUCCUUUUCAGCGACGGUAAAGGCUUUCUAUACCCAUUACGAUGAGAAAUCUGGUUUGAUGGCUCCCCUGAUUGCUGAUGAUGUCUUCACGAUCAUUAUGAAGAAUACUGCUCGCUUGGAGCGUGAGAUAAAUUAUGACCGAGAUUUCGACUCUGAUUAUUUUGGUUUUAAGACUCUUCAGAGGUCCUAUCUGUUGAAAAUUGGUGGAAAGGUCGCAGAAAGGCCGCAACAUAUGUUGAUGAGAGUUUCUGUCGGCAUACAUAAGGAUAAUAUUGAAUCUGCUAUCAAAACAUACCACAUGAUGUCUCAACGCUGGUUUACUCAUGCUUCCCCAACCCUUUUCAACGCUGGCACUCCAAGGCCGCAACUAAGUAGCUGCUUCCUUAUCUGCAUGAAAGAUGAUAGUAUUGAAGGAAUUUAUGAUACUCUCUCAGAAUGUGCUGCCAUAAGCAAAUCUGCUGGAGGAAUUGGUGUCUCAAUUCACAAUAUUCGAGCUACUGGGAGUUACAUUCGAGGAACAAAUGGAACUUCUAAUGGAAUUGUUCCUAUGCUACGUGUUUUCAAUGAUACUGCCCGUUAUGUUGAUCAAGGUGGAGGCAAGAGAAAAGAGCCUUGGCAUCCUGAUAUCUUUGAGUUCCUUGAUCUAAGAAAGAACCAUGGAAUGGAAGAGAAUCGUGCAAGGGAUCUUUUCUAUGCUCUGUGGGUUCCUGAUAUCUAUUUAUGGAAAGGGUACAACGUAAUGAACAGUGGUCACUAUUUUGCCCCAAUGAAGCUCCUGGUUUGGCUGAUUGCUGGGGUGACGAGUUUCAGAAUCUGUACCAGAAAUAUGAAAGAGAACUAUGUGAUUUCAGGGCAAGGCAAAGAAAGUGGUUGCAGCGCAGGCCCUCUGGUUCGAUAUUUUAAAGGCACAGAUAGAAACUGGAACUCCCUAUAUGCUUUACAAGGUCUGGUUCUAAAAUGUGAUGAUGUGCAUGAUGCUUGCAACAGAAAAAGUAACCAACAAAAUCUUGGCACAAUUAAGUCCUCCAACUUGUGUACUGAGAUAAUUGAGUAUACAAGUCCUUCUGAAACUGCUGUGUGCAAUCUUGCGUCAAUUGCUUUACCACGUUUUGUGAGGGAAAAGGGUGUUCCUAUAGAGUCUCAUCCAGCUAAGCUUGUUGGUAGCAGUGGAUCAAAAAAUAGAUACUUUGACUUUGAUAAAUUAGCUGAGAUUACUUCGAUUGUUACAUGUAAUCUCAACAAAAUCAUUGAUAUUAGCUUUUAUCCCAUUGAGAAUGCAAGGAGGUCAAAUAUGAGGCAUAGGCCAAUUGGAAUAGGCGUUCAAGGCUUGGCAGAUACUUUUAUUCUACUAGGAAUGCCAUUUGAUUCACCAGAGGCCCAGCAGUUAAAUAAAGAUAUUUUUGAAACUAUUUAUUAUCACUCGUUGAAAGCUUCUGCUGAACUUGCUGCAAAAGAAGGUCCUUAUGAAACAUACGCCGGGAGCCCUGUUAGCAAGGGCAUUCUUCAACCUGAUAUGUGGAAUGUAGUGCCAUCUAGUAGGUGGAACUGGUCAGCAACGGUGCAGCUUCCAGCAGGAACGUUGUCCAUGAGAGAUAAUUGUACUCAGGAUAGAUAUUCGACAGAUGCAGACCCUUUAGGCCGCCCAGUGCAGCUCUGA